AGCCAACUCGACCAUUGUUUUCUUCUGAUUCUUGUGGUUUUUAUUUCUCUUUGCGGUCCGCUGAACGGAUUUUUUUAAUUUUUUAAUUGUAAUUUUUUAUUUUUGAGUUUCAAUCACGCGUCGGUCCGUGCCCCAGCCCAGACCAGCCGCGUCCUCCCACAGUCAUGUCGUGCCCGUCCAUGUUGGCCGAGUGCAACAGCACGCUCCAACAAUGCAGCGAAGGCCUGUUUCAAUGCAAAGACGCAUUCCCGACAAGCACCACCCUCUCCUGGUUUUCGACGGCCAACAUUUUGAUCAUCAUCAUUCUGGUGGCGACAGAGCGUUGCGUACAUGCGCUCUUUCGGCGGUUUUCGUUUCGGUACCGCUUGCUCACACCGUCGCACCAGCACAACACUUGUGCCUACCAGCUUCAAAUCAUCUACACGACCGUCUGCCUGCUGCUGUCGCUCAUCUAUGGCGUGCCGCUGAUUCUGGACAACCAAAACCCUCACAUAGACGUGCACACACUGGAAAUGUGUCGGCUCAACUUGGCCAUCCUGGCCUUCCUGUAUGCGUACGAGUUGUCGUACCGGCCGCAGAUGGGCCUGCAGCUUGCAGUACACCAUGUUUGCACCAUUCUGCUGUGCAUCCUGGCCGUUCGAAACUACGAGGACGAACGACAGCCCGUCGCGAUCGCCAUGACCAUCUCGCUCGGCUUUACCGCGAAUACCGAGCAGCUCACGUUCGUCGCCCUGACAUGGUUCCGGCUCCGCUUGAAGGGAAGCAACCUUCUUUUCAAAAUUGCCGCCAUACAAACGCUGGUCUUUAAGAUCUUCUUCACCGGUCUCACCCUCGGCCUGUGGGGAAAGUAUCUGGCCCCGCAAGACGCAACGUGGUGGCUUGUUCUUCGGCCACUCGUUCCCAUUCUCAUCUCAAUCCUGUUCGUGACGCAAGUGUACGGCGCUUUUAUCUUGUGGAAGCUCAGCUUCCGCGAACGGGCCAUGACGAUCGAAGAGGUCUUCAAAGCUGCCAAGAAGAAGCCCGGUCUUGGUCUGCAUCGUCUGGAUGCCUCAGGAGGUAUCGCACCCAGCUGGCCUCGCGUGUCUCUUCGUCAGUCGAUGCGAGAGGUGGUGGAGCGACGAUCUUCUUCUGCACCAAACAUGUCUGACAGCAGCGCGACUGGAACCACACCGAUGACACAAAGACUAGCCAGCGACUCAAAGCUUGUGACCAAGCAGUAUGUGCUAUCUCAUCAAAAGAAGGGCGGGUCUCAAGUAGUGCUGCAAAAUUUGCCACCGCCUGCAGGCGUGUCACAGCCAGCAGAGCGCGAAGGAGCAAGCUCCAGCAAGCAGACCAAAGGGAAAGCCAAGUCCAGUGACAAGGGAGGAGCACUCGGCGGAGCAACCAGCGAAGCCCAUCUCAUGUCUUCGUCGGCAGACCACGACGACCACGACGACCACGACGGAGCAGGAGUAGAACCAACCGCGCAAGACAACUUGCAAAAGUCCACUUUGGCAGCAUCCCAGAUGUCUCUCUCGAGCGCAGGCUCGGAGCACACCGUGCGUGCCUCCUUUACAUCCGCCGAGCAAGGGCGAGCGAGCGCGUCGUCCUUCCAAAAAGCAGUGGUGCCAGUCAAGCGGCCGAAAUCGGUAACACUCAAUUUGCCGCCCCCAGAUCCAAACGAGGACGAGGGCACUGACAGGAUUGCCUUCCGCUCCGACGGUGUCGUCGUGCGCGGCGGUUCCAACGAGGGCUACGGCACUGUUCGCGGCAUGUUCCUGCCGUCCGAGCUCGCGUGGAGCGACCACAACGAACUCAUCCGUGUCUCGUCCAGCACCUCCUCGACGUCCGCCUCGGAGCUUCUCGCCGCUCACCGCAGUCCGGACGACGACGAGGAAGAUGUCGAUCUCGAGGCAGCCGACAUGCUUCAAAUGGACGAGAUUUCCAAGCCCUCGUUUGGGUAGGGCGCUACUCUUGUCGCUUUCUCACCCAAUGUCACUCGAGCGCAAACGAGGGGGGAAAUUAUACUGACUCGAUUGCAUUGUAUUCGUUUCGCGUCGAGCUCGUAUUGAAAGUGCGGGGAUUAUAUGCCAACCAUGCUCCAGCAUUUCAUCCGUUUUUCCGUACCACUCCACACGCUCUUCCUUUAUUUUCUGUCGUUGCUUGUGUACUGUAUGUGUAUGUGAUUUGUACUGUACAAGGACAUGUUCGGUCCGAUUCCAUGUUUUUCGUAGUUUGAGUUGAAACAACCUUUUCA